AUGCUAUCCAGCCUUCUGAGUUGUGGUGUCCUUGCAAGCGCUAUUCUCGCGAGUUGUGCUGCCACCGUGACGACUGUCAGUGUUGAUGGCACAGCUGCCCAUAGCAUUCCGCCUCUGCUUUUGCUCCAAAACCGCGCCUUCCAGCAGGUGAAACCAAAUAUAAUUGAUGCUCUCUUCGGCUGGGCUCCAAUCAGCGGCACAUCCAUCAAUGUUAUUGCUGACCCUAUCCCGCUCUCUGGUGCCCUGCCCAACUCCCUUGAACUCACCAUCCCAUCUGGCUCCUCAGGUCAAGUAGGAUUCGGCAAUGAGGGCUAUUGGGGCAUAAACGUCAACGCCUCUUGGACUUACAACGCCUCUUUCUACUACAGAUUUCCUAGGGCAUCCAACUUUUCAGGAAAACUCAUUGUCAUGCUCCAGUCUUCUAUUGGUGUAGUCUAUGCAAAUGCCUCCGUCCCUGUCUCCGGCUCUACCACAGCCUGGAAGCAGGUCAUGGUGCAUCUCACUCCUACCUCGAGCCCUGUGUCAACUACCAAUAUCUUCACGGUCACAGUCGAUGGUGCCAGCGCAAUUGGAGAGACGAUCAACUUCGCAAUGUUCUCUCUCUUCCCUCCGACAUUCAAGGGCAGGGUCAAUGGCCUGCGCAUGGACAUUGCACAGGCAUGUUUUCAUCUAGACACGCAGACAUUGUAUGACAUGAAACCUUCGUUUUUCCGUUUUCCUGGUGGUAAUAACUUGGGCCAAAGCUUUUCUACACGCUGGCAAUGGAAUGCGACGGUAGGCAACCUCAUUGACCGUCCAGGACGCAUGGGUAACUGGGGAUACAUCAAUACUGACGGUCUUGGUCUUCUCGAGUACUUGUAUCUUUGCGAAGAUAUGGAAAUGGAGCCCAUUAUGGCUGUAUGGGCAGGGUACUCACUCGACGGGGCCAGCCUCACCGAGAACGAUCUUGCGCCAUACAUCCAACAGGCAAUCGACCAGAUUAAUUUUGUCAUCGGUGAUCCAGCCACGAGUAAACCAGCUGCCCUGCGUGCAUCUCUUGGCCACCCAGAACCAUUCCAUCUGCAGUAUGUCGAAAUUGGAAAUGAAGACUUCUUUGCACCAGAAUCGUAUAUGUACCGCUGGAAAGAUUUCGCGGAACACUUGGAGGCUACAUUCCCUCAUCUGAAGUUCAUCGCAACUUCGCAACCCUUCAACCCCACUCUUGAUCCAAUCCCGAAGCAGUACGAUAACCACGUGUACCAGACACCUGGCUGGUUCGCAGAAAACACGUUCUACUACGAUUCUGUAGAGCGCGAUGGCACUUACUACUUUGAGGGUGAAUAUGCUGUUGUAUCAACUAACGCCAGCGAUCUCUAUGGAAAACCCUUCAACGGUCGCCUCGUAUACCCUAAUAUGCAAGGUUCUGUAGGGGAGGCCGCAUUCAUGACCGGUCUCGAGCGUAACAGUGACAUUGUAUUCGCUGCGUCGUAUGCUCCUUUGUUAAUGAACACUGCUAACUAUCAGUGGUCACCCAACCUUAUUGCGUUUGAUGCGUCACACGUGUAUCCAUCAACCAGCUUUUAUACACAACAGCUCUUCAGUCUCAACCGUGGAACCGAAUAUUUCCCAAGCACCCUGCCUCAAAAUGGCACACUCUACUGGAGUGUCACGCGUGAUGCACCCACCAACACGGUUAUCAUCAAGAUUGCCAACACGGGCAUGACAGCUGAAGAAAUGUUAUUCGAGCUUCCCUUCAACAGUGUUCACGGCACUGGCAAUGCGACAGUGCUCUCGGGCUCUGCCACUGCAAACAACUCGCCCGAGACUCCCAACGCUGUCAUGCCGGUCACUUCACAAAUUCAAACUGGUAAGAGUUUCUCAUACACUGCCCCAGCGUACAGUGUCAACGUGCUGCGGGUGGAGGCGAAGUAGGGAUAGAGUAUCACUUGGUGACAUAUGCAAUACAUCAGGAAUAUUUCGUAUGGACCGUAUUGUAUGAAGACCGCCGCCUGUACCCCAGCAUCCACUCCCUCCCAGCUCCUACUACAAUAGGAAAUAUGCAUGAUAUUAUGUUCUAUGUUGUAGUACAUAGAGUCGGACACUAAUAAAAAGUUGUUCGUUCAGCUUGAUGGAGCGGACUGCGAUGACGCUGGUGACUUUGGCAUGAUCAUCCACAACUCCCUUUUCUGUACCAUUGUAAGCUUGACGUCCUUCCCGACGUACGGCUUCAGCUAAUUUCAGGAAAACAAUAGAUGGGGGGAGAUGUUGGAUGAGGGGUAGAUAUACGUGUGCAUAACGACCAAGAGUCAGAUACACAUCAAGAGAAUAACAAAGCAAAAGUAGUCAGAAAAGGGGUAAAUUGAUAACAUCUAUACAACACACCUCGCUCUUUUUGAUCUCCUCU